AACUGACCCAAAGGCGUUCCUUUUAUGGCAGAGUAAUAUUCUGUUUUCCACAUGAAAUAUUUUAAAUCUCUCUUUUUCACCAGUUUGAGCAAGGGAAUGGUAUUGUGUGGUGUGUGGCUGCUACCCCAAGUGAAUAUUAAGAUUCUUCCUUUUCUUUUACUUACUGGCUGUGUGACCUCGAGUGGUGUUGCCUAAGUUUUCUGUUUCAGUAGGAGUAAAAUAGUAUAGUAAUAGUAGGAAAUUCUUAGGUUGUUACGAAACAAUGAUAGUUAUUUCAAAUUUCUUACUAUAGUGAGUGGCGGAUAGUAAGUACAUAGUACAUAUUAACAUUUAUGUUCUUAAUGGCUAUCUGAUACUAGAAAAUGGUACAAGAGAAAGUUGUAUCCUCAUUACUGUAUCCUACUAUAAAAAUUCUGAAAAAUUGUAGACCCUGUUAACAUUUGUUGAGUUGCUAAAUGGGUUUGGGAAAUUUUACAUAUUCUUUCUUGUCCUCAUAAUAUCUCAUAUUUCAAAAUCUUUCUAGUGAAAACUUUGUUAAAUAACUAUUGCACAGCAAUGUGUGGUCUUUUUUUGUCUUGAGCAAUUUGUAUUAUUCAGCUUUAUUCAUUAAACAAAUACUUAGUAUGUAUCUACUACUAGAUGCCAGAUGCUAUUUUAGGCAUGGAGGGUACACGCUGAAACAAAAUGGACAAAACCUCUGCCCACAUGUAGUUUACAGGACUUAUUAAAGUUGAACUUUAGUGGAGUUGUUUUACUUGUCAUUGUUGUGCUAGACUUUGGUAUUAUUUCUUUUUCUUGAAGAUAGUGUCAAAUGGCAAAUUAUAAGGAAAGAAGAAAUUAAGGUUUUCUUUUUUUUUUUUUUAAGUAAACUUCCAUGCUUCUUCUUAGAAUGGAUAGUCAUAUCAGUCAUCUUCGGUAUAGUACACUCUUCAGGUAAUGUAUAGAAUGACAGCUUUGUCUCACCAACAGAGGGUCUUUUUAAAUGCCUUGGACAGUUCUAUAAAUCUACAAAGAGUCUCCAAAUUCUGAUGUUGGACAUUGGUUUUACCACAAAAUACAGUCUUUUAUAUGCAGUAUCAUCCUGCAUAUUAAACAAUUAAGAAGGUGGUGGACCCAGGAAAAGAAAAUUAUCUUCUUCUUCAGAGCCAUUCGAGGAAGAUGAAUUUAAUGAUGAUCAAUCUAUGAAAAAGAAGAGACUGGAUCAUGGAGAAGAGUCAAAUGAAUCUGCAGAAUCUAGCAGUAACUGGGAAAAGCAGGAAAGUAUUGUGUUGAAAUUGCAAAAAGAAUUUCCCAAUUUUGAUAAAGAGGAAUUAAGGGAAGUACUCAAGGAACAUGAAUGGAUGUACACAGAGGCUUUAGAAUCUUUAAAAGUAUUUGCAGAAGACCAAGAUAUGCAAUAUGCUUCACCGAGUGAGUUUCCAAAUGGAAAAGAGGUUUCUUCAAGAAAUCAAAAUUAUCCUAAAAAUGCAGCUAAAACAAAGCUGAAACAGAAAUGCUCCAUGAAACCACAAAAUGGUUUUAACAAGAAACGUAAAAAAAAUGUAUUUAAUCCUAAAAGAGUUAUUGAAGACUCUGAAUAUGAUUCAGGCUCUGAUGUCGGUAGUUCACUAGACGAGGACUAUAGUAGUGGUGAAGAAGUGAUGGAGGAUGGCUAUAAAGGUAAAAUCCUUCACUUCCUUCAAGAUGCUUCAAUUGGUGAACUUACUUUGAUUCCUCAGUGUUCUCAGAAAAAGGCUCAGAAGAUAACAGAACUCCGGCCCUUUAAUAGUUGGGAAGCUCUGUUCACAAAGAUGUCCAAAACAAAUGGCUUAUCAGAAGAUUUGAUAUGGCACUGUAAAACACUGAUUCAAGAAAGGGAUGUAGUUAUAAGGCUUAUGAACAAAUGUGAAGACAUUUCAAAUAAACUGACAAAACAAGUUACCAUGCUCACUGGAAAUGGAGGUGGAUGGAACACAGAGCAACCCUCCAUUCUAAACCAAAGUUUGUCACUCAAGCCCUAUCAGAAGGUUGGUUUGAAUUGGCUGGCAUUGGUACAUAAACAUGGACUUAAUGGCAUUUUGGCAGACGAAAUGGGUCUGGGAAAAACUAUUCAAGCCAUUGCGUUUCUGGCGUACCUCUAUCAAGAGGGUAAUAAAGGUCCUCAUUUGAUCGUUGUUCCAGCAUCAACUAUAGAUAACUGGUUAAGAGAAGUUAAUUUAUGGUGCCCCACUCUAAAGGUGCUCUGUUACUAUGGUUCUCAAGAAGAACGUAAACAGAUUAGAUACAACAUUCAUAGCAGAUAUGAAGAAUACAAUGUAAUUGUGACCACGUAUAACUGUGCCAUCAGCAGUUCUGAUGAUCGUAGUCUAUUUCGUCGGCUGAAACUGAAUUAUGCAAUUUUUGAUGAGGGCCACAUGCUGAAGAAUAUGGGCUCCAUCCGCUACCAGCACCUUAUGACAAUUAAUGCAAAUAACCGUCUGCUGCUCACAGGCACACCUGUGCAGAAUAACCUGUUAGAACUCAUGUCGCUGUUGAAUUUUGUUAUGCCACACAUGUUCAGUAGUAGCACCAGUGAAAUACGAAGAAUGUUUUCUUCUAAGACAAAAUCAGCAGAUGAGCAAAGUAUAUAUGAAAAGGAGAGAAUAGCACAUGCAAAACAAAUUAUAAAACCAUUUAUUCUCAGAAGAGUAAAAGAAGAGGUUCUCAAGCAGCUGCCCCCCAAAAAAGAUCGAAUUGAGUUAUGUGCAAUGUCAGAGAAGCAGGAACAACUCUAUAUGAGUCUCUUCAACAGAUUGAAAAAGUCUAUCAAUAACAUGGAAAAAAAUACAGAAAUGUGCAAUGUCAUGAUGCAAUUGAGAAAAAUGGCCAAUCAUCCUUUAUUACAUCGCCAAUAUUACACAGCUGAAAAACUCAAGGAAAUGUCUCAGCUUAUGCUAAAGGAACCUACACAUUGUGAGGCUAACCCUGACCUGAUCUUUGAAGAUAUGGAAGUUAUGACAGACUUCGAAUUACAUGUACUUUGUAAACAGUAUCGACAUAUUAAUAACUUCCAGUUAGACAUGGACUUGAUUUUAGAUUCUGGAAAAUUUCGAGUUUUAGGAUGCAUCUUGUCUGAAUUGAAGCAGAAGGGUGAUAGAGUUGUAUUAUUUAGCCAAUUUACCAUGAUGCUGGAUAUUUUGGAGGUUCUCUUAAAACAUCAUCAGCAUAGGUACCUCAGAUUAGAUGGGAAGACUCAGAUUUCUGAAAGGAUUCAUCUAAUUGAUGAAUUUAAUACCGAUAUGGAUAUCUUUGUGUUUCUGCUGUCAACAAAAGCUGGUGGCUUGGGAAUUAACCUGACUUCAGCAAAUGUCGUUAUACUUCAUGACAUUGACUGUAACCCUUACAAUGACAAACAGGCAGAAGAUAGAUGCCAUCGAGUAGGCCAGACAAAAGAAGUACUAGUUAUAAAAUUAAUAGGCCAAGGGACAAUUGAAGAAUCCAUGCUAAAAAUUAACCAACAGAAAUUGAAACUAGAACAAGAUAUGACCACAGUAGAUGAAGGUGACGAAGGAAGUAUGCCAGCAGAUAUAGCCACAUUACUAAAAACAUCAAUGGGCCUGUGAAAUGAGAAUUGUUAAUUCCUGACUGAUGAGGAAAUAUCAACUUGGUGCACUCAAGGACAUUUACAUUGAUGACCGAUGGGGUUUAUGAACAUUUAUAACUUUUUAUAAUUUCCAUAUUACAUUUCUCAUAGUAUGGACAACUUUUUUGCCACUAACUGAAUUCUCCAGAUGCUCACAUGUGAAAUUUCAAAAAAAGCCACGAAUAUGUAGUCUUGAAGAUGUUAAAUAAUCAUUUUACAAAACAGUUUUCUGAAUGGGGAUUAGUUGGUGAUUGUUUGUAACAAAUACGCUAAUGCUUUAGAAAUGUCAGUAUUUUUGUAAUUAUUUCUACCUCCAGAUAUAUAUAUAUAUUGUCUUUCACUGGAUAAUGUGUGUAGAUUUUUACAUGUGCCUUAUUUGACAAUGCUUAUGUCUUGUUUUUGCUCGUCUCAUUUGAAGUUUGUUUUUUUAUUAUGUUAAAGAAUGCAGCUGUAUAGAUUAUAUAGCUUUCAUUUUAUUGCUAUUUGAAACAGAUGUUCACCACUAUCAACAAGAACUCAACCUGAAUUUAAAGGUGGCAUUCCAUAUACUAACCCCCCCGCCCAGGUCCUCCCAAGUACUUCUGUUAACACAAAUUUGUUUGGCUAGGCACUAAGUUGUUUUCCAGUGAAUAGUAACUGAAGAAGCCUUUAUCUUGCUCCAUGAAGUAAAUCCUUCUGUUCAUUUCCCAACUGCACUAACUGUGCUUACUAGUCUACCUAUUCUUGUGCAUGUUUUCAUUAUUUUCCCUCCCCUGGCUUUUGCUUCUCUUGAAACUGUUGCCCAGUCAUUUCUGCUCCAGUUCUCUCUACUCUAAAUAGUAGUCUAUUCCUGUCACAUCUCCACAUAUCAGCAAAAUGUUGGUGACAUUUUUCUAGUCUGGCAGAACAGAUUAGCAGGCUGUUUAACUUCAAAGCAGACUGAAUGUGACUUCAUUUUAAGGCAGCAUUAGGUACUGCAUGGAAAUAGGUCAUUAACUUUGAAUUCUUAUCAAAAUAUAAUUUACCACUUUGCAGAAUUUCCAGUACAGGACCUCCUGAAGAAAGGGCCAUUCUUCAAUUCCAAUUCAGUGUGGGUGACAAAGUGAAAUUUAGAAGUAAAGUUGUCUACUUGAUAUUUAACUCUUUAUUAAAUCUUUCUUUAAAUUUUUGCCUGUUGGUCUAUAUUGCUGUUUUUAUUAUACAUCAGUUUCUUUGUAUAACUUGUGAGUUUCAUGUGUUUUGUUUUAUUAUGUAAAUAUCAUUAUAAAUAAACUUAUUUAUAAAUCAAAGAUUUGUUCAUUAUUGAAGAUUAUACUUUCACAACAUCCUGACUUUCUAAGUUUCUAGAGUAAUAUAACUCUUCAGUUGAAGGCUAAUGACGCUCUUAUAGUGGUUCUUCAGAUAUUAUAUACCCUGAAAACUCAUGACUCAGUAGACUUACCCAGUCUUAAAAGUGAAAGAUUGAAAGGACUCUGCAGGUAGUAUCACUACUUCCUUCUACAUCAUGGUACCCAAAUCACUUAUAUUGUUAAGAAUGUUACCUUCUAAAAAUCUUAAAUGGGUUCCUUGUAACUUUCUUGUAUUAAUGUGUCUUCAGCGAUAGGCUGUUUCUUUUGUUGUUGUUUAAUCCAUAUUUUUAUGUUUAAUUAAAUGUAGUUGGGUUCUCCCUGUAAAGCUCUGUUAUGUUUUUGGCUUAAUAAAAAUAAUUAUGAUCAUAAGUAGUAU